AUGUCCCACCCAACCCCCACGACCACCGCGCCGUGGAAAUCGGCGUUUGCCUCGCACCUCUCGGCCCAAGGCGCCGCCCCGGAAUUCGUCCUCGCGACCACCACGGCCCAAGGCCGGCCCUCGGCGCGCUUCUGCAUCCACCGCGGCUUCUGGGCCGCCUUGCCGGAGAACCCGCACAAUCAAUUGCCCAAGAACCCAAAUGUCUACGACUCGGACUGCCCCAUGUUCACGACGGACGCGCGCAUGAGUAAAGUCUACGACGUGUUUGCGACGGGCCGCGGGAAGGGCACGCUGGAGCAGAGCCGCAGUGGGAGUGGUGGGGGCGGCGAGGUUGAGGCGGUGUAUUGGAUGAAGGAGCAGAAGGUGCAGUGGCGGGUGAGGGGGAGGUGUUGGAUCGUGGGUGCGGAUGAUGUGGAGGGCGAGGGCGAGGGGAACAGCGGCACCGUGACGGUCAAGGCUGAGGUAGGGAGAUAUAUGCGCGAAGCAGAGGGCGCCGAGGCGGAGGAGCAGCAGAAGGAGUGGAGUUGGCGCCGCGAGGUGGAGAAUGUUUUUGAGAAUCUGAGUCCCGUCAUGAGAGGCUCUUUCAAGAAUCCGCCGCCCGGCAAGCCCAUUAGUGAGGGGAAGGAGGGCGAUGGUGAGGCAUUGGGGCAGAAGGGAGGGCAUCUCUCGGAGGAACAACUGGCGAGGAAGAACUUUCGCGUGGCUAUCAUCUGUCCCCAGGAGGUCGAGCAGGUGGAUCUCAACGACCCGGAAAAUAGCAAGAGGUGGAAGUGGUCGCUUGCGGAGGAGAGUGGUGGACCCGGAGGUGUGGGCGAGGGCGUCAGUAAGCCGGUGGGCGAGUGGGAUAUGGUUGAGACGUGGCCUUGA